AGAUAUCACGUUAUCACCUCAAAAUCAACUGACAUAUGAAAACGUUCUCAUUCUUUUCAACUCCUCUCACUCUCCCGCCGGCCGGAGCGGCGCACGAAAGCAGCAGAACUAACGCUACCACCCUGCAAGAACGAACAAAUGGCGUUUUCCUCCAUGUUGUAUUCUCCAGUGAACUUCACUGUGCCUAGACCCCACUGCCACCAUCACCGGCGCAGGCCCUUCUCGAUAACCGCCGCAAUUCCGCCACUUUCCUCCGCCGAGGUCUCCGCGGUGUCUGAAACCUUUGACAGCACCACAAUUGCUGUCAUAGGUGGUGGGUCUGUGGCCGCGCUUGCAGCCGCGCUCUCCCUCGCCGACCCCGAGAAGCGGCGGCAAAUGCAGGCGGAGGAGGUGGGCGGAGGGGACAAGGAGGUGGUUAGGGAGUACUUCAACAAUGACGGGUUCCAGCGGUGGCGAAGGAUUUAUGGGGACACUGAUGAUGUUAAUAAGGUGCAGAAGGACAUUAGGCUCGGACACUCAAAGACCGUGGAGAAUGUGAUGAAGAUGUUGUUGGAUGAGGGGCCGUUGAGUGGGGUUACGGUGUGUGAUGCCGGAUGUGGGACGGGGUGUUUGUCGAUUCCGUUGGCGAAGGAAGGAGCCGUCGUGGCGGCGAGCGAUAUCUCGGCGGCCAUGGUGGCUGAGGCUGAGAAACAGGCACGGGAAGAGCUUUUCAAAGGGAAGGAUGUGCUUCCUACGGGACUGGUAUUGCCAAAGUUUGAAGUGAAGGAUUUGGAGAGCUUAGACGGGAAAUAUGACACGGUUGUCUGCCUAGAUGUUUUGAUACACUACCCGCAAAAUAAGGCGGAUGCUAUGAUUGCCCACCUUGCUUCUUUAGCCAAGGAUCGGUUGAUUCUGAGCUUUGCUCCUAAGACAUUUUACUAUGAUCUACUGAAGAGAGUUGGUGAAUUGUUUCCGGGGCCUUCAAAGGCUACAAGAGCAUAUCUUCAUGCUGAGGCUGAUGUAGAGAGGGCCUUGCAAAAAAUCGGAUGGAAAAUAAGGAAGAGAGGUUUAAUCACCACACAGUUCUACUUUUCCCGAAUCGUUGAGGCCAUUCCAGCAUAAUGCAGAAAGAGACGUUAGAUUGAUAUUGCAUUGCAAUGCCAGGAGGCCAGAUACAGGAAAGCCCUUGAAGGGCUUUCAAAACCCAUAACAUCCUUGACCUGUUCUUCCAUGCUUGUUUGCUUCAUGCCAUGUAUAGUAAAUAGAUUUAUGCUUCUAAAAACCUAAUAAUUUUGUGGAAAAUUUUGCUAGUUAAUACUGAUCCUUGUUGAAGUGUAAAUGUUAUCAAUUGAUGCAGAUUAGUAGAUUCCAGUUCACCAGGUCUGUUUGCGCAGUC